GUUCUUUCCCACGUUCCGCCCGGCUCCCCCCCUUUCCCCUCCCUUUGGUUAUCCUCCUUCGAAACUCCAAACGGAGAAAACCCUAACCCUAACGCUAGCGAGCUCUAGGAAGGAGACGACACAAGGUGGGCAGACAUGGCUCUCGCGCAGCUGGGCGGGAGCAUCGCCCGGGCGUUGCGGCAGAUGAGCAACGCCACGAUCAUCGACGAGAAGGUGCUGAGCGAGUGCCUGAAUGAGAUCUCGCGCGCGCUGCUGCAGGCCGACGUCCAGUUCAAGAUGGUCCGCGACAUGCAGACCAACAUCAAGCGCAUCGUCAACCUCGAAGACCUCGCCGCCGGCCACAACAAGCGCCGCAUCAUCCAGCAGGCUAUCUUCAAUGAACUUUGCAAAAUGUUGGAUCCUGGGAAGCCUUCCUUCACACCCAAGAAGGGAAAGACAAGCGUGAUCAUGUUUGUGGGUUUACAAGGUUCUGGGAAGACCACAACUUGUACCAAAUAUGCAUAUUAUCAUCAAAAGAAGGGAUGGAAACCUGCACUGAUUUGUGCAGAUACAUUUAGAGCGGGCGCUUUUGAUCAAUUAAAGCAAAAUGCAACUAAAGCUAAAAUUCCUUUUUAUGGAAGCUACAUGGAAUCAGAUCCUGUAAAAAUUGCCGUAGAGGGUGUGGAAAGGUUUAAGAAAGAAAACUGUGAUCUAAUUAUCGUGGAUACAAGUGGACGGCACAAGCAAGAAGCUGCCCUCUUUGAGGAAAUGCGUCAAGUGUCUGAAGCAACUAAACCCGAUCUUGUGAUAUUUGUUAUGGACAGUAGUAUUGGCCAAGCUGCAUUUGAUCAAGCACAAGCUUUCAAACAAAGUGUUGCAGUUGGAGCUGUGAUUGUUACGAAAAUGGAUGGUCAUGCAAAAGGUGGUGGUGCACUUAGUGCUGUUGCAGCCACUAAAAGUCCAGUCAUAUUUAUUGGAACAGGAGAACACAUGGAUGAGUUUGAAGUUUUUGAUGUCAAACCAUUUGUUAGUCGUCUUUUAGGCAUGGGUGACUGGUCCGGAUUUAUGGACAAAAUUCAUGAAGUUGUACCUACCGACCAACAGCCUGAGCUUUUGCAGAAGCUUUCAGAAGGAAGCUUUACUCUACGACUUAUGUAUGAGCAAUUCCAGAACGUCCUCAAGAUGGGCCCCAUCGGCCAGGUCUUUUCAAUGUUACCUGGAUUCAGUUCAGAAUUGAUGCCAAAAGGUCAUGAAAAGGAAAGUCAGGCUAAAAUCAAGCGCUAUAUGACCAUGAUGGAUUCCAUGACAAAUGCAGAGCUGGACAGCACAAGCCCGAAGCUCAUAAAUCAGUCACGUAUCUUGCGCAUAGCCAGAGGUUCAGGCAGGCCUGUGAAGGAUGUCACGGAUAUGCUGGAGGAGUACAAGCGCCUUGCGAAGGUCUGGAGUAAGAUGAAGGGGCUCAAGAUCCCAAAGAAAGGUGACAUGAGUGCGCUGUCCAGGAACAUGAAUGCUCAACACAUGAGCAAAGUCCUUCCCCCGCAGUUACUGAAGCAAGUUGGUGGAGUUGGUGGCCUUCAAAGUUUGUGGAAGCAGAUGGGCUCGAAAGACAUGAUGAGUGGGAUGUUUGGAGGGGACAGAUAGAUGACUCAAAACUGUUUCAACGCAUCGGCAUGAGAUCUUCCGUGAUGCCAAGAAUUGACAUCCAUGCAAGCUUUUUUUGCAGGGAUCUCAAUCCUCUUAAUAUCUCGGUGUUUGUCCGGUACCCCUAGCUGUGGUUCAAUGUUCUGUUGCACUGGAGUGCAUGGAUUCUUCACUGGAGCUCCAGCUCGGACUUUGUGAUCAGGUGCAAGCUAGGGAACCGUAUGUUCUUAUAACCGAGUUUUUAGUGGUUUUUGCUACCUCUGGUAGUUUUUAUAGGGAAAUUAAUUAAUGUGGAUGUACCUUACAAAAAUUUAGGGGAAAUAGUUACAUGGAUAGACGAACUGGAAAGUGUUCUUAGUUCUUGGAGGUACUAUAACAUAAUAAGAGAUUGGAUAAAUCGUUGUUU